UUCGGCUCAAGGACGUUAGAGCUGCAGCCGUGUCUUGGCAAGCGCUGUCGGUCCGCACUCGCUGGCAAGCAAUAUGGGUAUCGACAUUGAAGCUGGCGGCCGCGUCAAGACCAAGAAGCGCAUCACCACAACUGGCAAUCCAUACAUUCGGCUUCUGUGCAAGCUGUACAAGUUCCUGUCCCGGCGCACGGACUCGAAGUUUAACAAGGUCAUUUUCAAGCGGCUCAACAUGACAAAGAAGAACAAACCGCCUCUGUCCAUCUCCAAGCUGUCCAAACUGAUGGAGGGCAAGGACGGGAAGGUUGCCGUCUUGGUGGGCACGAUAACGGAUGACAAGCGGCUCUACGAGGUACCGAAGCUCACGGUCUGCGCCCUGCGCUACACGGAGACUGCCCGCGCGCGCAUCCUCAAGGCAGGGGGAGAGUGCAUCACCUUCGAUCAGCUUGCUCUCCGUGCGCCCAUGGGCCAGGGCACAGUGCUGCUGCGCGGCCCCGUCAAGUCUCGCGAGGCCGAGCGCUACUUCGGCAGGGCACCUGGCGUACCCCACAGUUCCACUAAGCCCCGCGUGCGCUCCAAGGGCCGCAAGUUCGAGCAGGCGCGCGGAAAGCGCGCGUCGCGAGGCUACAAGGUGUGAGGAGCAAGGCCUGUGGAGAGCAACGCCUGAAGGACAGGGAGGCUGCAGUGAUGAAAAUGAAAGAGGGCGUAACAGCUGCUCGCGGCGACAAACGUGCAUAUGUUGCUGCUGUUCCUGCUGCUCCUCGUCCUCCUCUCCUUCUCUUUGUGUAGCCAACUUGGUCAUGUGUGCAGGCUCAAAGUUGAAGCGGUGUUGCGCUGGUCCUCAAGGGUGUAGCUGACGACGAUGUCGAGACGGUAUCUCUCGGGGCAGAGCAGAGUAGAGACGAGUCGCAUCA